GGAUGACAAUAUGAGUGAUCAAUGUGGUUUAACUCAAGCCGGUCUUGAAGAAUACAACAGUCGUUCCUAUUAUGAUCAGCCAGUAUUUCAUCAUCAAAAGCAAUCAUCGUAUGCGCAAUCAGAAGGUUAUCACAGUUAUGUCUCCAGUUCUGAUUCAAGUUCAGCAACACCAUUCUUGGACAGAUUGCGCCAAGAAAGUGAUUUAUUAUCACGACAAUCAUCACACCGUUGGUCACAAAGUGAUUUAUCAGCUAGUAGUAAUGCAUUAUCAACAUUGAAUAUUGGUAACAAUAAUAAUAACAAUCAUAAUAAUAUUAAUAAUAUAAAUAACAGCAAUAUUGAGAAUAAUAGUUCUGAGAGUACAUCAUCAACAGAAACCUUAAAAUGGUUAGGUUCAAUGAGUGAUGUAUCAGUUGUUAGCCAUUCCACAAGUACAUCUGGAAUAUCUAGUUCUGUAUCAACAUCUCAAUUAAUAGUACAUAGUUCAAGAGUACGUACACCAAAACGACAUCACAGUGAGAGUGUACUAUAUAUGCAUGAUGAAAAUCAACAAUUACAACAAUCAAAUUUACAACAACAUCAACACCUUCAAUUAGAUCAAACGGCUGUGAAUAGUAUUAGUAAUAAUAAUAUAAGUUCAAAUGAUUAUAAUCAAUUAUCAAAUACAAAAUUUAUUUGUUCAUCAACAAAUUUAAAUAAUAAAAUAAAUUCAAAUGCAAAAAUAAAUAAUUCAUCGCAAUUAUUAAUAAAUAGCAAUAAUUGUGGAUUACCAUCCGUAACACAACAAUCACAACAUAAUAAUCAAUAUAUUAGUAAUCAUCAACUACAUUCAUAUUUGAAUCAAAGUCAAUCGAUGACGGUUAUGCAACAUAAACAACAACAACAACAGCAACAACAACAACAACAACAAUUACAACAACAUCAAAUAAAAUUGAUGCAAACAAGUGGUAUACCGCAAGUAUCACCAACAUCAAUGCUUAAAGGUAUUGUUACAACUGCAGCAACAGCAACAACAUCAUCUUCAUUAAUUUCAAAUAAUCAAAUGACAAUUUCACAACAUGGAAACAAUCAAAAUAAUGAUAGCAAUAGUAGUGGAAGUAGCAUUAGUAGCAAUUGUAGUAGUAAUCAAACAUUAAAUAAUAUUACUACAAGUACAGCAAUAUCACAAACUCUACACUCACCCGUAUCUUCAGGAAAAAUAAUAGAUUCCUUAACUACAUCACCAGUUUCAUUAUCAAUAAAUAUUCCGUCAGUGUCAUCCUCAGUUACAUCAAUUUUAAAUGGUAAUAAUUCGUUAGGUUCUCCUGUAUCAUGUGUGUCAACAGCAGAAGUUUUAGCAUCCUUAUCAUCCGUUGUAGGAAAACAGCAUUCUGAAGAUCUUAAUAAUUCUUUAAUAUCGUCAUCAUCUCUAAUACCGCCGUCAUCUCCUUCACCUAUAUCAUCAACAUUAAUUAUAAGUGUUACAACAACUACCACAACAACAUCUUCAUCAUCUUCUACAAUUUCUUCUUUGUCAUCGGCUUCAUCAUCAUCAUCUUCUACUUCAUACCGAAAUAAUCAUAGACUUUUUCCAGUAAGCACUUAUGUGGAAAAUGAACAAGUUCAAAAUGCCUUAAGAAAUGGUCAACAAAAUCAACUUAAUCAGCAACAACAGCAUCAUCACCAUCACCACCAUCAUCACGGUCAGCAGGCAACUUUGAAUCCAAGCCAACUUAAACAUCUUUCGUCAUUAAAGUCGAAUAAUUAUUGGCAAUCGGUAGCAGAUCGUAUUAAUAGUUAUGAACAACAGCAAACUUAUCUACCAAAUUCUUCAAUAACUGUUGCAUCAGCGCAUCAUCAUCAUUAUCAUGGACUAACAAACACAACUGAAGUAAAUCCUACAAAUAAUUGUGUAACAACAAAUACACAACAACCACUUCAUCAGCAAUCAUCACCAUCACCAGUACCAUCGCAAAUAAUUCCUUCAUCAUCGCCAUCACAAAAUCUAUCAACAACAUUAACAGCAUCGACAGCGCAAUCACUGAUAUCUAUAAGCCAACAACAACAACAACAAAAAUUUACAUAUAUUGAUCCGAAUAAAAUUCAUCGUGUGCCAAACCCACAAUUAAAAGCAUUACAAAAAAAUGCUGUGCAAUCUUACUUUGAGCGACAGCAAUUAAAUUCAUCAAAAGAAUCAUUUAAAAAUUAUUUACCAGCAACAAAUUUAUUACGACCUCAUUCAUUGCAACCGCAAAAUUCACCAAAAGAAGUGAUUGCAACCCACGUAAGAAAUUCACUACCUAACACUUUUACAAUUUCAAGUAGUGUAACAUCACAAUCACAACAACAAAAUACUCAAAGAGGCCUUAAUUCAACAAAUAUGAUAAUUAGUCAACAUCAACAAGCUCAAAGUUGCCAACGUUUAGUUCCUCAACAAUUAGUAACAUCAAUUGAUAAUGAAUUUCAAUCGAGUGCAGAAAUAACAAAUGGUAAUAAUGUUCCUCCACCGCCUCCACCCCGUUCAAGAUCUUAUAUGCCAGUUAGAAGAUCAUCAUCUGCCUCAGAUUAUGGAGACCUUCGUGAUAAUUAUUUACGCUCAAAAGAAAAUCAAAUACCAGCAAUUACGACUGUUAAAAACCUUGCAAAACUAGAUAAAUCAUCAUUUAAUGAUUGUGGAGUACCACCACCACCUCCUCCUCCUAGAGGUAAAACUUCAAUGCCUGUCAGACGUACAUCUUCAGCUUCUGAGCAUGCAGCAAUUCGUGAUAAAAAUUUGAAAACUAAACAAAAUUUCUCAAAAGAUCUUUUAGGUCCAAUGAUAAUGGGACCAAUUAUUUCAGUUGAUGAUUGGGUUCCAGAACGUCCACCAAAGAACCCUCAACUACGAAUUCCAAGUCCAGAUUUACCACCUCCGCCUGUUGCAAAUAUAGAAACUGAUAACAGUUUAUUAAAUUUAGAUGAGCCGUUACCACCACCACCUCCAGAAAUUUUACGUCAUCUUAGACAAGCAUCAAAUGAUGAAACAAAAACACCAAGUAGACGAAAUAGUUUUGCUGGUUCCUGUAAUGGUAAAAAAUCAUAUAAACCAGCUCCGAUUUCAUUAGAGCCUGGAACAAAUGAAACACCACCGUCAGUACCUCAAAAACAGCAAUCUCCUACAGUUACUGGUGCUCCAGCUAAUGCUGAGAUUGUUCGUAGUAGACCUCCAUCUAGUUUAUCACAACAACAAAUGCUUGUUAGCAGUACUCAUAAAGUUAUUCUUAAUGGAAAACUUGAACAUUCUCAACCUUUAAAUCAACAAACAAUUCCAAACUAUGCUUUUCCAUCAUCAUCAUCACAAUCAACACUAUUAGAUUUCAGUGGAGGUUUAAGUGCUUUACAAAAGAAUAUUGAUGUAAGAAUGUCAUUACGAAAAAGACCACAUCCAACUCCAAAUAUUCCACUUAAACCAAUUGAAUUAAAUUAUCAAAAUGAUAGUAAUUCACAAUCACGUUCACAUUUAUCUGGAAAUAAUGUAAAAUCACCUCCACCACUUAAACCAAGAAUGCCAAUUGGUGGAACUGACAUUACAUCAUCUGGUGCUAAUAAUAAAUUAAGAUCUGAUUCCACUUUCGAGUGCGAGCUCGCCUGUUUAUUAUUGUCUUAG